GGCACGGCUUCAUUCGUGAUUACCUCGUCUUACUUCAAGAUUGGAUGAGAUAAACGUUUGGCUCACGAAGUCAACGCGAUUAUGAUAUUAAGAGCAUUUGUCGAUAAGGUAGAUACUGAUAGAGACGAUUGAGAGCCGACGAGCCUCGCAUGCAUCUGAUCAGACUGGAAACUCCUCAACACGGCAUAAAUCCGUUCGAGCGUCAUGUUAUGUAGUGAUACUCGAAAUGGACUGUUGUACGCGGUGAGGUGUAAGUUUUGAGAUGAUGAUCGAUGCAAAGUCUCUCAACUUGGUCCUUCGAUGGCAAGAGAAGGAACAAACGGAAGGCAAUGCCUUCUCUAUUUGAUAUCAGGAAAAAUAUCCUACUUGGAAUACAAGCAGGCACCUGCCACUAUUAAAAUGCUGUGCAAUCACUCUCUGUCUCUUUCUCAGCUCACAUCUCAAUCACAACCUAUCUCCAAGUGAUAGACGUGGAUUCUUCCACAUAAAGAGUCUGCAAUUCAAGUCAAUCUACUUACAAUUUCCUUCACAUCCCCAUACUACUCUCUAUAUACAAGAAAAAACUACUCAUGGCCAUGAUCGCAAACUGUAUUCACAAUCCAACUGUGACACUAGUCGUGGCAUUCCUUGCCACUUUCGUAGCAGCCUCGAAUCAUGCUAUCCAAAACAAAUUCGCCGCCUCGCAGAGUGUGUCGAGUACCUGGGUAUCUCAAGGAUGCUACGUGGAUGUUGGUCGGACAUUGUCCGAAGGUGGAUACAUUGACAAUACAAACAUGACAGAUGAAUCAUGUAUCUCAUAUUGUACCUCCAAAAGUCUCAACUAUGCCGGAACUGAGUAUGCUUCAGAAUGCUAUUGUGGCAAUAGUCUUGCAGCUAAAGCUGGACGCGCGCCAGCUUCAGACUGUGGUAUGAAGUGUCCGGGAAAUACUACUGAAUUUUGUGGUGGUCCAAAUAGAUUGAAUCUUUUCUGGAACGGGAAAAAUCCACCUCAAACUAACCCUGGACCUGGACUUUGGAGCUUUACCGGGUGCUAUACAGAAGGUCAAGCAGGACGGCUCUUGAUAUACCAAGUUAUAGCCUCUCCCAUGACGAUUGCUAUUUGUACAGCGGCAUGUCAAGGAGAGGGCUAUUCCCUAGCUGGAGUUGAAUACGCUGAUGAAUGUUGGUGUGGAAAUCAAUUGUCUAAUGGAGGAGCUCUCGCACCGGAGGGCAUUAGUGGCUGUUCUACAUUAUGCUCAGGCAACUCUUCAGAAUUUUGUGGUGGCACCAAUCGACUUGAUGUAUAUGACUUUAACAAUACCAUCAUUGUCACCGCGCCAUUUACUACAACCACAGCUGGAACAUCGCCUUCUUCCACGGGUUCCCCAUCAAUUCAACAAACGGUUGGUGUAUAUAACUAUUUUGGGUGUCAGACCGAAGCCACAAGCGCUCGAGCACUUGCCUCCAAGGCUUCUGAUACUGGAAACAUGACACUAGAGUCGUGUGAAGCAAGCUGCAUAGGAUACACCUAUUUUGGAACCGAAUAUGGACGAGAAUGUUAUUGCGGCAACGCUUUUUCCGCCGGCUCGAUUCCGGCUCCAAAUACAGACUGCAAUUUUCCUUGUGCGGGAAAUAGUUCCGAAUUCUGCGGGGCGUCUGGAAGAUUAACCGUGUAUUUACUAAAUACUACUCUAAGCUCUACAGUUCCUCCUUCCACCCCAUCUACAGAUGUGACAGGCCUCCCAGCUGGAUGGGUAUACAGUGGCUGUUGGGUCGAUGGAGCACAAGGUCGUGUUCUCACGUAUCAGCAACCUGAAAACCAGAAUCUUACUGUUGAGUCAUGUGUUGCGGCUUGCUCCGGACUUAAUUACAUUGUUGCAGGCAUGGAGUAUAGCUCCGAAUGUUUUUGUGAUAAUUUUGUCGAAAAUGGAGGUGUUCUUGCGACCUCACCUGCGGACUGCAACAUGCCGUGCACUGGUAACUCAAGCGAAACAUGUGGUGCUGGAAAUAGAUUGUCCAUCUACUCCUUUGGCAACGUACAAACAUCUCAACCUGCAUCUGUUCAGCAAAGAGAUUUACCUGGUGAUUGGAACUACAAAGGGUGUCUCGAAGAUAAUAUACGAGGCAUUAGAACGUUUCCCUAUCAAAUAAUCACUUCAAAUAAUACUGCAACGAAUUGUCUUUUGCAGUGUCAGGCAUUCGGAUAUAAUGCAGCUGGUCUUGAGUACGGCUCCCAGUGCUUUUGUGGCGAUGUGGAAAAUAUUGUAACGGCUGGAGCAUCAUUGAUUAGUGAAUCUAACUGCCAAGUUGUUUGCUCUGGUAAUUCCUCUACUAUAUGUGGCGGAGACAGUCUCUUAUCUUAUUACUCAUGGGAUGGACCGGCACUCUACAAUUGGUCAUUUCCAGUGGGCCCCAGUGCUGGUGAACACUCCUUGCUAAUAGGUGGUGUAUGCAUACCAUUGAUGACAUCUCAAAUAAUUACUGGCAAGGUGACAUUCGUUGAAAAGUUCGGAACGGGCGAGCCAAACUCGACAGGCGCAUAUGAGUUAGAUCUCUCAGCAAUCGAUAAUUUUACCCUGGCAUGGAGACCAAUGCAUGUUAAAACUGAUGUCUUUUGCUCUGCAGGACUUAUUCUUCCGGAUAUCGCUGGGAGACAGAUAGAUGUGGGAGGGUGGUCCGGCGCGUCAACAUACGGUGUACGACUUUAUUGGCCAGAUGGAUCCCCCAAUGUCUGGGGAACAAAUGAUUGGCAGGAGAAUGUUAACGAGGUGCGCCUUCUCGUUGCUCGGUGGUACCCCACGGCAAUGAUCAUGGCAAAUGGUUCGAUUUUAAUCGUCGGUGGCGAAGAAGGAUCGAAUGCCCCUGCAUCUCCAAGCUUAGAAUUACUCCCUCCAACCGGCGCCCCAGUUCUCAAUCUAGAUUUUCUUGCUCGUACAGACCCUAAUAAUUUAUAUCCAUUUCUCGCAGUCAUUCCAUCCGGCAUCUUUGUUGCAUACUAUAAUGAAGCAAGGAUUCUUGAUGAAAUCACGUUUGAGACUAUCAAGACACUGCCUAACGUUCCGGGUGCUGUAAAUGAUCCAAAUGGUGGACGAAACUAUCCUCUCGAAGGGGCCAUGGUAUUGCUACCUCAAUUUUACCCCUACACGGAUCCUAUCGGAGUGCUCAUUUGUGGCGGUUCUACACCUGGGGGCGGCUUCGCCAUCGAUAAUUGUGUUUCUAUGCAACCUGAAACUGAUAACGCUACUUGGGCAAUUGAAAGAAUGCCAUCACGUCGUAUAAUGCCAUGUUUAGCUUCUCUUCCAGAUGGUACUACACUGAUCCUCAAUGGCGCACAUCAUGGUUUCGCCGGAUUCGGACUCGGCUCAGAUCCCAAUUUUAACGCUGUUCUAUACGAUCCCCGCCUGCCCUUAAAUUCACGCAUGAGUGUAAUGGCCAAUACGUCGGUUGCCCGUCUAUACCAUUCCGAAGCGAUACUCCUUCUCGACGGACGAGUAAUGGUAUCUGGAUCUGAUCCACAGGACAAUGUUCAUCCAGAAGAAUAUCGAGUUGAAGUCUUCACGCCUCCUUAUCUUCUCUCCGGUCUUCCUCGUCCAAGCUUUUACAUGAAUAACACGGAUUGGUCAUACUCACAAAUUGUUCCUUUCACUAUUACCUCCAACUUCACUUCGACGGCAAACCUCGGUUUUUCCAUCCUUGGCUCCGUUGUAAGCACGCAUGGUAAUUCUAUGGGCCAACGAACACUAUUUCCUCAAUUGGCCUGUGGAUUCAAUAAUACUUGUACUGUUACUGCGCCUCCGAACGCACACAUCUGUCCGCCAGGCUGGUAUAUGGUUUUUGUCCUCGAUGGACCCACUCCCGCUGUUGGGGUAUGGGUAAGAAUCGGUGGGGAUCCAGCAAAAUUGGGGAAUUGGCCCAAAGCUUCUGGUUUUGACAUUCCGGGUCUUUGAUUUAUUCUCCAUAACAUAGUAAUAUUCAGUCAAGAGGAUUUGUGCAGUGGUGGAAUGUUUGUUCAAAAGCUGUCGAUUUGCUUCAUAGGGGGUCAUUUACAUCUUGAGCGACCAUGUUUAAUUUUUGUCGCAUUUAUUGCAUUUGCUUUAGCUCCUUAAUAAUGAAUGUCACUCUGCUUUUUACUUCGGCCCGACACUAAAUGGCGGUGUUAUGCACUCGUAUAUUAAUGCUUGGUUGAAAUGGAUUUCACGGAAACACUGAAUCUCUUGAACCUAAUUUCGACAAUCAAAUGUGUUUUAGGCCCA